CUGAUCCCGCGGAAGUGACGUAGGUAAUCGGCCUUGUUAACCGGUCUCUUUCUGACGUUCCACUUAUUGCACGAUGACUAAAAAGAGAAGGAACAACGGCCGCGCCAAGAAGGGCCGUGGACAUGUCCAGCCAAUUCGCUGCACCAACUGUGCCCGAUGUGUACCCAAAGAUAAAGCCAUCAAAAAGUUCGUCAUCAGGAACAUUGUCGAGGCUGCUGCAGUGAGAGACAUCACAGAGGCCAGCGUGUUUGACUCAUAUGUGUUGCCCAAGCUGUAUGUGAAGUUGCACUACUGUGUGAGCUGUGCCAUCCACAGUAAGGUUGUCAGAAACCGCUCCACAGAAGCAAGGAAGGACCGCACUCCUCCUCCCCGCUUCAGGCCCAGUGGUGGCCCCCCAAGAGCUCCCCCGAAGCCCAUGUGAUGUGGAAUAUUUAAAGUGACAUUUUCAUUCAAUUAAAGUGACUUAAGAGUA